GUGAGAUUUCUUCCAACCUACGAAGGCAGCAGAUGAACGAGCCCUUUGCACCUUGGGAACUGGCUGCAGAGAUACACACUUUGCUUCUGGAUUGUUCCAGCAUGAAUUCCAAGCUACUGGUUGUUUUGAGUGGCUGCCUUCUUCUCUUUGUCUUUGCUGAGUGCCAAAAAGAAAAGACCUCCAAAGCUAUAGAGAAGAGAGUCAUGAAGGAGUCAAAACCCAGAGAGUCCAAACUUUCCAAAGCGACUAGUCAAAAGGUAAAACAAGGAACACUGAAACUACUCGAGAAGAAAGGUCGAGUCAAACCCACCAUCGCUUCCAGUCAGGGACUGCAGUCUACAUCCAUUCUGACUCGCAUGGUGACAAAGGGGCAGUUCCAGAAGGUUCCUGAGACCUUGGUGCUAAGAGUGGGGCAAACCCUGGACCUGCGCUGUAAAGGAAAGUCUGUCAAAUGGAGAUACCCAGUCUACCUCGAGGAAGAUGAUGAGAGACGUCUCCGAAUCAAAAACUUCGAAAGGCACAGUCAGCUAAUUGUUGCCAACUCCACUGCUGCUGACACUGGCGAAUACAGCUGCUGGUCCUUGCAAUGCCUGGAUAAUGAGUGUCGUGAUGGGGAGAACCGGAUGGGCAAAACAUUCAUCUUCUUCACAGACCCCCAGGAGCUAUUUGUGCCCACAGAAGAUUACUAUGAAGUGAUACAACUGCGCACCAACCACCCCACCCUUCUACCCUGCCAGGUGACCAACCCCCUUGCCAAAGUUACAUUGCACAGGGAAUUUCCACCUGAGAAGGUUGCCGUGGAUGGGAUAGACAUCUCUUUUGACGUGAAGAAAGGGUUCACGAUCCACCGCCCUCAGCCGUCCCUGGCGGGCUCCCUCUUCUGCAUGGCAAACAUGAACGGAUUGAGGCAGAUCUCUACCAAAUACAUGCUGAUUUAUGUGAACUAUCCCUCCUCGGUUCCCAAACCAGCUAUCAGACCCUCAGUAGCGUCUAUUCAGGCUGGAGACAAUUUUAAUGUUACUUGCACAGUGUUUGGGGAACCGGAAAUUGCUGUAGAUUUCACUUGGGAAUAUCCAGGACAACAAAUUGGUAGACCACCGUAUGUCCAUGAACGCGCAGACUUGGUAAGACGUGGGGGGCAGGUGCACCAAGAGUCCGAGAGCAUCCUCUACAUUGACGAAGCCCGUGCUGUCGAUGAUGGGUUAUACACUUGCAUUGCCGAAAAUCUGCAGGGCACCUCCAGAGUAUCUACUCGUGUCCGCAUGCUCCCAGCCAUACCAGCUCCCAAGAAGGCAAAGUCUGGGUAACCGCGC